AUGUCCAGCAGUGAUCCGAGUCUCUCUUUCAUCAGAAGGCAUCAUUUCAAGGACUCUCUUGCACUUUUAAUCGUGUUUUUGAGCUUCAAUCAUUUUGCAUCAUUGAUCCUAUUGGUUUCCUUCAGCAUAGUUACCAGAUCGAGGAACUUUCUUUCAGAGUGUUUUAUCAGAUUCUUUCUACCCAAGUCUCAUUACAACGGAUUUGUCAAUGAUGAUGAUUAUCAGAUCAAACCUAUCCAGGCGGUAGCAGUGGCACCCAUCAAUAAUGUAUUGUCGGCCAAGACGAGAAAGAAAUCGGUGAUGGCGAGCAAACAGCAGGCUUCUGCUAGUCCUACCAAUUCUACAGUUAACGCAGUCCCCACAAAUAACGUGCUGGGAGUUAAUGGUGAAACUACGAAGCCAAGAUUGAGAAAAUCUAAGAAGAAACUGCUAUUCUUUUUGAUUCAAGAGGCAAUUUUGGCAUUUAUACUGAAGUAUUACGGUGAUAAAUAUUUCACUGAACCCAUAGAGAAUCUUGCUAUGUCUAUAGUAGCUUCUUCUUUGGUCAAUGAUCCCAAGGAUGCUCUAAGUGUUGCCACAACUAGUUCCAUCAUAUAUGCUCUCUCGACGCAAUGGAUACAGAAGUUGUUAUUCCUAUUCGACUAUGAGAAAGCAGUAUUUGCAUUCCCAUCCAAACCUACCAUCUCACGUUGGACAUUAUUGAUAGACAAGUACCCCUCGUUGACUGGGAGGCUACCAUCCAUCUUUGAAUUUCUCACAUUUUCGAGCAGAUACAUCCGAUAUGCAUCGUAUUUGGCGUCAUUCCAUGUGGUGGUUGCUCAAAUCGAACAAAAUUUAAUAGUACAAUCUUAUGAACGUAAAAAUAACGAAUCCAACAGUAACGAUCAAAUAAAUCAGGGACCCAGCAACGCAUCUCCUACAACACCGCUGUCCUCUUCCACACAGACUAAAGAGGCUCCUAUUCCGCAAUCAUCAAAUAUGGCACAUAGUUCCAGCGCUUCAUCCUCUUUUUCCCUUCCAGGUACCAACUUGAACAAUACUUCGAAUCCUCAGGAACCUGCACCAAUUUAUUCGUCUUUAGUUAAAGAUUCUGUGGUGAAUGAUAUCAGUAUUACCUCUCCAUCUGCUUCUAAUAAUCAAACUUGGGUCCCCAAUAUCACAACCGCAUUUUCAACAGAGUCGAACUUAGAUCAUCAGAAUGAUCUAUCUAACCAAGUGUACAAAUUGGAAUUGAACCUUGAAUCUCAGGAGAAUUGUCCCAAUCUUUCUACCAUUUCAACGGUUAAUUUACAAAAUUUCGUGAGACAACUUUUCCGUUGGAAGAAUCAUCACAUCAUCCCACCAAUAUGGGCGAUUUUCACUGCCACUCAAACGUUAAUUUCAGAGAAGCAUAACAUCCAGGCUUCCAACGAUAAUGUGACACCAUUGACUACGACUGUUGCAGUGGAUGAUGAUAAGAUUACUCCUACUGAAAGUGAUUCUGUGGCUCAAAGUGUGAAAUCAAACUUGUCCCCAGUAAAUUCAAACCCAAGCAAAGGUGUGUUCACGAGUAAAGCUAUCUCGGACUCGAUGACAUUGAUUGCACCAGCGAUGGACGACUAUCACAAAUUAAACCUUGUUUCCACCGAAACCAGACAUGAUUAUAAAGUUUGUAUUACAUUCAUUGGAGCCAAUUCCAUUACAUUCAAGAUAGAUUCUCUUUUCGAAGGUGAGUUGAUCAUUCUCGUUAACGGUGUCAUUUGGUCUCAAGUUGGAUCUGCAAUCGUUCCUAGUAUACCGGGACAAGAGUACACCAUAGUGAGUGGCCUUGUACCAUUAUGCUCUUAUGACAUCCAAUUUGUCAACAGGUUGAACGAACUGGAGGACUAUUUAAUUGCAGACUUAAUGGUCAGAACCAUUGGUAAAAAUGGUGACCAAGAGGCGUUAGACUUAAGUUUCCCUUCAUAUUACCAUAGAAAGUUCCUAUCUCCUAUCCUAACUUUAAAACAUUCCAUCUUAACCACCAAUGCAAACCUUGCAGAUGAAAGGGCCAAAGUGAAGAAGACCAGGAAAGAAGUUACCAAGAAGGUUAAUACGAUGAAACAGGAUAUCGAGACAUUCAAAACGAAACUCGAAUUCAAUGUCACCCAGGAUGAGAAAAGUGCAUCAAAAGUAGAGAAUUUGAAGAUGGCAUUGAAACAAGGUGAAUUUCAGACUACGCAAUUGGAAGAGAAGUUGAAAGAGUUAACUCAAAAAGAGACAGAACUAGAAGAAGUGUACCUUGUUGAGAAGGAUAACCAUUUUCAAAGAACUUUAGAAUGUAGUAAGACAGAGGAUCAAUGGAAGUUGAAGUUAAAGGAAGCCGAAUCUCAAUUGAGCAAAUUGAAGCAAGAGUUACAACAAUUGCAAGUUAAGAAAAGCAAAAGUGUGAACAAACAUGCAAAGUUGCAAAAAGAAGUGAACCAAAUCAACGAUGAUUUCGAUAAAUAUACCUCGACAUUCCUAGAGAAAAGGAACAGGGAACGUGUUGAAAGAAAUCAGUUAAGAUCACAAGAGGCAACUGAAUAUGAAUUGAGAAUCAAAGGUCUAGAGCAAGAUAUCAGCAGACUAGAAGGCGAGGCGAGCCAACUCCAUCAAAUUCUACAGAACACUGCACCAUACUGA